AGGAGGGUGACGUAUCUGGUGCUGGACGAGGCGGACCGCAUGUUUGACAUGGGCUUUGAGCCGCAGAUCGGACGGAUCAUUGGGAACACAAGGCCGGACAGGCAGACGGUGCUGUUUUCCGCCACGUUCCCCCGCCAGGUCGAGACCCUGGCACGGAAGGUCCUGACGAAGCCCAUUGAGAUCCAGGUGGGUGAUUCUUCCUCGUCUCUCUCCCACCCUCUCCCUUGCUCCCACGAAUCCGAGGAGGGUGACGUAUCUGGUGCUGGACGAGGCGGACCGCAUGUGGGAUGGCGCAGUGUGGUGAACAGCGACAUCACUCACGUUCAUCCCCUCUCCCUCCCCCCAUCCCCUGUGGAGCCUCGAGGCGCUCAAAGCAACACGUUCAUCCUCUCCUUUCUCCCCAGUCCCCAUCCCCCAAUCCCAAACUUGUUGCCGAGACCCCUCUCCCCUCCCCCCCCUCCCCCCCCCCCUUUCUCCUUCCCUCCCUCCAAAGGUGGGCGGGCGCAGCGUUGUCAACAGCGACAUCACUCAGACGGUGGAAGUACGCCCCGAGGGGGAGCAGGGCUUCCUGCGGCUCCUGGAGCUGUUGGGCGAGUGGUGCGACAAGGGCAAGACACCCACCUUCUCAUCCCUCCCCUCUUUCCCCAUCCCCAGGUGGGAGGGCGCAGUGUGGUGAACAGUGACAUCACCCAAACCGUGGAGGUGCGCCCAGAGGGAGAGCAGCGCUUCCUGCGUCUUCUCGAGCUACUGGGGGAGUGGUGCGACAAGGGGAAAAUCCUCGUCUUCGUGCACUCCCAGGACAAGUGCGACGCGCUCUUCCGCGACCUCCUCAAAUCCGGCUACCCCUGCCUUUCGCUGCACGGGGCCAAGGACCAGACCGACCGCGAAUCCACCCUGCAGGACUUCAAAACCAACGUCUGUAACUUGCUCGUGGCUACCAGUGUGGCGGCUAGAGGGCUGGAUGUGAAGGAGUUAGAGCUGGUGAUAAACUACGACGUGCCGAACCAUUAUGAGGAUUACGUGCAUCGGGUGGGGAGGACCGGGAGAGCCGGGAGGAAAGGGUGCGCUGUUACGUUUAUCAGCCCGGAGGAGGAUCGGUUUGCGCCGGACCUGGUCCGAGCCUUGGAGCUGUCGAAGCAGCCAAUUCCCGAGGAUCUUAAAGCCAUGGCUGAUGCGUUCACUGCCAAGGUGAAGGCGGGGAGUGUGGUGGCGCACGGGAGUGGAUACGGCGGGAGUGGCUUUAAGUUCAACGAGGAGGAGGAAGCUGCUAAGAAGGCGCUGAAGAAAGCCCAGGCGAAGGAGUAUGGUGUGGUUGUGGAUGAGGAGGAGGGGGGCGAGGAGGAAGAGGAGAAGGAAGAGAAGGAUGGCAGCGGGGCGAUUCGGAGGGUUGAGGCGCCGAGUGCGGGUGGCGCGGCGGCGUCGGCAGCGCAGAGCAUUGCAGCGGCCGUGGCGGCUGCUGCGGCUGCAGCUGCAGCGAAUAAGGCAGGGGGUGCAGUGCCGGCAGUGGCAGGAGCGGCAGCAGCGAAUCCUAUCCAAGCAGCCGUGCAAGCCAGGAUGGCCCAGAUGGGAAUCACCCCUGCUGCUGGCACUGCUGGUGCGGCUGGUGCUGCUGGUGCCGCCGCUGCCCUUGCCAACCCGCUCGCUGCCUCCCUCGUGGGAGCGGCAGCAGCAGGGGAAUCAGCAGCGACAGCCAUCGCAACAGCCGCCGCAGCAGCCCCGACCCCUGUCUCCCGCGCAGCGGCCUUCGCAGCCGCCAUCAGCCUGCAGCACAACUUAGCGAAACUCCAACCCGCCGAGCCCGUGAAAGCGCACUAUGAAGCGGAAUUCGAGAUCAACGAGUUCCCGCAGCACGCGCGGUGGAAGAUCACCCACAAGGAGACGCUCAACCAGAUCAUCGAGUGGACGGGCUCGUCCGUGACCACGCGAGGGCUGUACUGCCCGCCGGGCAAGGCAUUAGCGGCUGGGGAGAAGAAGCUGUACCUGUCGAUCGAGGGGCCGACGGAGGCGAGUGUGAAGAAGGCCAAGGUGGAGAUCAAGAGGAUCAUUGAGGAGGCGAGUGCUGCUGAUGCAUCCCACCAGCAGCGGCCCGUGCAGCCCGGGCGGUACUCGGUUAUGUGA